AUGACUCCAAAUUGCCAUACUCGAUCAAACAGUUUGCCAUCUACAUCUCAUCCUCUUACCUCAAGCGUUGAGGUUCAUUUGCAACGGUUGAAGGCCUUGGAAACCAGUAAUUCAUCCUUAUCAGCAUCUUCGAUAUGCAACAACUUGAGCAGCCUCAAAGAUUUGCAUGACCUCCUUAAUGAUUUGAUUCAGCUGCCAUCAAUCCAACAAGCUCUCUUACAUGAACGACGUGACAAAUGGGCAGACGAGGUUUUCAAUGGAUCUCUUGCGUUGCUGGAUGUUUAUGGCACCACUAGAGAUGUUUUGUUGAAUAUGAAGGAAUCUGUUCAAGAACUCCAAUCAUCCCUACGGAGAAAAAGGGAUAUACAAUCUGGCUUGCCACAAGAAAUAGGAGCUUAUACGAUCUCGAGAAAGAAAGCCAAUAAAAUAGUUUUCAAGUGCUUCCAGAAUAUGAAGCACAUUGAGAAAAACUACUCCUCAGCUGCACUCGUAGACACAGACAGCAACCUAGUAACCAUCAUCAGCAUCCUAAAAGAAGUGGAGACAAUCAGUUUUUCAAUUUUGAGUGAAGAACAAGCAGAUUGCCAAGAAGUCGAGAAGAUUGAUGGUGCAUUGUAUGCUUUAACCAUCCAGAAGUCCAGUGGAGAAAUCAAUUUUGUGGCUGAGCAAAAUGUGCUGAAGCAAUUGCAGACUUUGGCACAGGCCAUACAGGAGCUUGAAGAGGGUUUAGAAGCCAUCUUUGGGACAGCCAAGCAUCCACCCUUGACAAAUUCCCAACAUGAUGCUCAGCUUCAAAGCUGUCAGAUUCUUCUUGUUUCCAAAUCCAAUGUCAGCAAGCUGGUGCUAAAGGCUUGGCUUGAACAUCUUCCUCAAGAUUCAAAGUAUUCAUUCAGUGUUGGAACAUUUUCUUGUGCCAAAAAGAAGGCUCCAAAUUGCCAUACACGAUCAAACAGUUUGCCAUUGAGAUCUCAUCCUCUUGCCAUCAGCAUUGAGGAUCAUUUGCACAGGUUAAAGGCCCUGGAAGCAGGCACUUCAUCCUCAUCAGCAUCUUUGAUAUGCAACAACUUGAGCAGCAUCAAAGAUUUGCAUGAACUUCUCAAUGAUUUGAUUCAGCUGCCAUCAAUCCAACAGGUCCUCUUCCAAGAACAACGAGAUAAAUGGACAGAUGAUGUUUUGGAUGGAUCUCUCGCGUUGUUGGAUGUGUAUGGAACCACUAGAGAUGCUUUGCUGCAUAUGAAGGAAUCUGUCCAAGAGCUUGAAUCAUCCCUUCGGAGAAAAAGGGGCACAAAACUUGGUUUGGCAGAUGAAAUUGGGACUUAUAUGAUCUCCAGAAAGAAGGCCAAUAAAAUGGUAUCCAAGCGCAUCCAGAAUUUGGAGAACUUUGAGAAAAACUACUCCUCUUCACUCUUAGAAAAAGACAGUAACUUUGUAGCCAUUAUAAGCAUACUAAGAGAAGUGGAGACAAUCAAUUGCUUGAUCUUGAAGUCCAUAUUAUCUUAUGUGUCUGGUGGGACAAAGGCAAGAUCAAGCAUGAGCAAUUGUGCAUUGGUGGCCAAAUUCAUUAAACCAAAACGAGUUUCCCAUCACAGAGAAGAACAGUCUGAUUGA